AUGAGACGUUCACCACUACUGUCAGGAGAGGUUGAGAGUCGAACAGAAGUGAUGAGAAGGAAGCUAAGAAACAGAAAGGGGGGGGCCACGCUGGGAUAGUCCCAGGCGCGUGACAAUGUACAUCCCUAAGUCAGCCGCGGGUGAAAUCGCCGGCGCGCCUAAGUCCCCACCGCAAGGGGGCGGGCUAGCGGGCGCGCGCAUGAAUCCGCCGGCGCUGGCGCGCUGAGGCAGUCGCGCGCGUCUAAGUCCCCACCGCCGGGGGCGGGCUAGCAAGUGCGCGCAACGACCGAGGCGCCCCUGUCGAGCUGAGAGUGGACUCUUCACAGAAUCUGGGGUACAAGGCAACAGGCACUGAUCACUGCAUUUACUCUCGCAUUGACGAUCAGCAGCGGCCUCACUAUAUCGCCUUGUAUGUCGACGACCUCCUCAUUGUCAGUCCAGCCCUCGACGAGAUCGAACGUGUCAUCUCCGGCCUUGAACAGCGGUACGGCGUCAAACGACUCGGCCCCGCGGAGUACAUCCUCGGAAUCCAAAUACGCCGCCUGGACGACGGUUCCAUUGCUCUAUCCCAGGAGCGCUACAUCAUGGAUGUGCUGGCCCGUUUCCACUUCGACACCACGACACGCGGCACUACGGUGCCGAUGACGCCCGGCCUCUCGCUCACGGCAAUUCCGGGUCAGGGAACGGAGCGCAUUCGUUCGUGGUACCUACAGGCCAUCGGCUCCCUCCUCUACAUCUCCCUUGGCACUCGACCCGACAUUGCCUUCGCCGUCUCGUACCUGUCCCGGUUCGCCAACAACCCCGGCCGCCGCCAUUGGAUUGCCGUCAAACACGUCCUUCGCUACCUUCGCGCCACGUACCGCGAUGAGCUUCUCUAUGCCCGCGGCCCAGCAAAAGUCACGGGUGUGGUUGGUUAUUCUGAUGCGAACUGGGGCGCCUGCGUCGACACAUCCAUUUCAACGAUGGGCUACGUAUUUUACUUGGCAGGCGCCGCUGUCUCUUGGUCGUCGAAGCGUCAGACUCGGGUAGCGGAUUCCACCACUGAUGCCGAGUACCUGGCCUUGUCGCACGCGGGUAAGGAAGCGAUCUACCUUAACCAACUCCUCUCCGAGCUCCACGUUUGCCCAAUCGCUGCAGCUCACAUCUUCACCGACAACGAGGCCGCGGCCGCCGUCGCUCACGACCCCGUUCGCACCUCCGGCACCCGGCACAUUCGCCUCCGCGAGCAUUUUGUCCGUGACAUGGUCAAUCGAGGUGAUAUCUCUCUCUCACACGUUGGCACAGCAGACAUGGUUGCGGACGUAUUCACCAAAGCGCUAGGCCCCAAGAUUUUUGGUACACAUUGCUAUGCUCUAGGCCUCCGGACGCGACAUCCACGGCUCAAGUCUACCUCGCGUUCGCGUGGGGGGGGGUGUGAGGAAUCCACUCUCCGCUCGGCUCAGGACUUAGGCGCGCGGAGCGAACCGGGCGCGGACUUAGGCGCGCGGAGUGAGCCGGGCGCCCCGGCCCAGGACUUAGGCGCGCGGAGCGAGCCUGGGCCAUUGGCUCAGCCCCAGGCUCGCUGGCUGUGGACUUGGGGCGCGCGGGUCUCUUAUUGUUAGCUUCCUAUUCAUCACUCUUGGCUAUAACUACAUCGCUGACGUAGUAGAGUUGAUCGAAUAGGUAUGUUGAAAUGCAUUUAUCACUCUUGGCUAUAACUACAUCGCUGACGUAGUAGAGUUGAUCGAAUAGGUUAUAAGCCCACGAGCUACCAGCCCCGCCGCUUGAGGCUUUUUCGCUCGAGCCCAGCCACUCGAGCCGCACACGUCCAUCGCACCAUCACAUCAUGGACAGCUCUCCCGCCUCGCCUUUGGCCCCCAGGGAUCCCAGCUCCCCUGAAUCUUCGAUCGGCGAACAAAUCGCCACUCUACAGGCCCAGCUUGCCGCUCUGCAGGCCUCGCAACCCGCCGCCGCCGCAGCCGCCGCACCCCCGGCCGUCACCGUCGUGCCGGGGAACGCCGCCACCGCAUCCAAGGUCGUGUUUCCCAAGCACGCUCGUCUGGACGGCCCCAAGUCGUUCACCAACUGGUUGCGUCAACUCCGUCUUGCACUCCCGAACCAGGUUCGUGGUUACGUUCUCGACGGUGUCGUUCCCCCGACCUGGACCGCCGACCAGCUUGCCGCACGUGACGACGCCGCCCGGGAAAUCAUCGUUGGCUCUAUCGACUCCGCCGACGUAUCGGCCACCCUCGACGCCAUCCCCAGCGACGACCUGUCGGCACCGCGCAUCUUUGCCGCUCUCAAGGCUCGUUUUGCACCGGACGACGCUACACGCACUCUCGAGUUGUUCGCUCGCCUUUGGGACUUCAGGAAGAUGCCUGCCUCCGUCGAGGCCUACGACACUUGGCUACGCGAGUACAUGUCGAUUGCUCAGGAAAUACGCGACGCCAAAACAUCGCUCAACGACGUGCUCGCCACCCACGUGCUCGCCAUGGUCCCGUCUUGCCUCGACAGCUUCCGACUCACGUUCACGGACGAGCAGCGAAACCGACGCGACCUUCCCGAACUCACGACGCUUACGGACCGCAUUCGCAUCCAGCUUCGUUCGGCAGGACUCUCGACCUCGCAUUCGGCCAUGCUUGCCACCAGCUCCCCCUGCCCCGCCUGCCGCGCUCCCGGUCACCGCCUGCGCGACUGCACUUCACGUGCGAAGCACCCGCCCACCGGCCCCUGCCGCCGAUGCCACAAGAAAGGUCACUGGGCACUCGACUGCAAGAACCGGGGUGAACAGGCACGUAGCAGCGACGACACCCAGGACGACACGUCUUCCUCCGCGGCCUCGCAACCGAACGUCGGCUAUUUCGCCUCCUGCCUCUUCGCUCGUCGCCAACUCCCAACUGACGCCUUUGUAGUCGAUUCGGGUGCCACGACACACAUGGUCGCCGACCGAUCUCUAUUCACGACUUAUCGUCAGACGGCACACACCAAGAUCGGCGGCAUCGCGGGCGGCAUCACGGCUAUCGGCAUGGGGGACGUGGCAUUCGUCGCCAAGACUGGACACCCGAUCACGCUCCGUGGUGUUCUUCACACGCCUGGCCUACACGUCAACCUCCUCUCUGUCUCUCGCCUCUGCGACACCGACCGCGUUCGUCUCGCCUUCACCAGCGACGGCAUCGACAUCGCCAAGGACGGCCGGGCCAUUGCUCACGGUACCAGGGUCAACGACGGUCUUUACCUUUUGGACGCGGAUCACACCAAGUGUCAGCAUCUUGCCUUCCUCUCACGCUCUGAGUCUCCCGUGCCCCUGCUUACCCUACACCGCUGCCUCGGCCAUCUUGCCCCAUCCUCUAUACAGAAGAUGAUUGCUGCAGGUUUGCUGGACGGGUUUGGGGCCGGGUACAGUGACAAAGACGUAGAGGAGUUUGUUUGCAAUGCUUGCCUUGGUUCCAAAGGUCACCGCCUUCCCUUUCCCGACUCUGAGUCGCAUUCCGCCGAGAGACUUGGCCUCGUGCACAGCGACGUCCUGUCGUUCCCCACUCCGUCCUUGACCGGGAAGCGCUACCUUGUCACGUUUCUAGACGACCACUCUCGCAAACUCUGGGCAUAUGCGAUCGAUCACAAAAGCGAUGUUUUCCCGACCUUCCAGACUUGGCUCGCCGAAGUGGAGUUAGAGACGAACGCGCGGUUGAGGAUCCUUCGAACCGACAAUGGCGGGGAGUACCGAUCAAACGCAUUCACGGAGUUCUGCAAAUCCAAGGGCAUUCGUCGUCAAUACUCUAUCCCUUACACGCCUCAACAAAACGGUCGCGCCGAACGUGUCAACCUCUCCAUCGUCGAGGGCGUCCUCGCUCUCCUUGCGGACGCCCGUCUGCCGGCCACCUUUUGGGAUGAAGCGGCUGCGUAUUUCGUUUAUUGCAAAAACAGGUGCUCACACUCAGCUUUGGCCAAACAGACUCCAGAAUCCGUUUGGAACGGCCAACGCACCACCGCCACCGCCCUCCACCCGUUCGGCUGCACAGCCUGGCUCACGGUCGCCCCGGACCUUCGCAGCAAGCUCGACCCCAAGGCCGCGCGCGUGAUCUUCACAGGUUACGACCUCGCCUCCAAAGCUUUCCGUUUCUUUGACCAUUCCAUCAACAAGAUUGUACUUGGUCGCAAUGCCACCUUCCUCGACGACGACUUCCCCGGCCUGCCAGUCACCACGCCCGUCGAUGCAGACGACACCGACCGUCAGUUCGUCGUUCCCGCCGACACGCCCGCCCCUGCCGUCAAGACGAGGACCCCACUAGUAAGGUCGGCGCACAUGGACGUCUCAUCCUCCCUUGAUGAUUCUGCCAUGAGCGCCGUUGACGUGGCCCCAGGGUACACUGGCGGAACCUUACUUAAUUCCACAGAUACCGAAUCGUCCUCGUCACCGUCUCCUGAGCCGUCCUCGUCACCGUCGCCCACAAACCCUUUGUCACCGUCGCCUGCGCUGUCACCGUCGUUGGCAGCGUCAUCGUCACCCUCGGUCUCACCGACCGACUCUGACUACUCCGCCGACCCUCUGGACCUCAUCGGCUCACAGACCCCGACUCGCCUUGGCCCACCGGACGUGCACCGCCCAGACUUCAGCACGUACCGUGAGCCCGCAUCGGCUGAGGAGUCGCCCGACGAACUCGACAUCAUUGGGCGUCACUCGCACGAUGAAUCGCCGGAUGAAAUCGAUUUCCUCACCCAACACCACCGCGCCUUCAUCGCCACAGACGACGACGACCCCACCCUCGACGCCAUCGAGCCCGUCAAAUCGAUCACUAGCGACCCCCAGACCUGGCGCGAAGCAAUGUCCAGCGACGAGCACAACAUCUGGGCUGAGGCCGCCGCCGCCGAGUUCACCGCCAUGCGCGACGACUUCAAGGUGUUCACCAUCGAGCCUCGCUCAUCUGUACCGCCGGGCGCCACCAUCGUAUGA